CCAAUGUACUUUUUCUUCUGCUUCCAGGACUGAUUAAUAUUAACAAGGGGGACCAGGAGGACUACACAAGACAUAUUCAGAAAUGCUCUAGAAGUAUUCAAGAAUGUUCGAUCAGAUCUCCUCCCCUAGAAGGCAGGGAUCUUCCUUUUGAUCCUCGCUCAAGAACAGGGCUGGACAUAUAUAGGUUCCUGGGGGAGGCAGGAGUAACAGGGCUCAUGUAAUCAAAGAAGUUUCUUUGUUGUGUGUAUCUUUACAGAACACAACAGGAAUUGAAAAUGAAUCAGAACGCUCCUGAGCCUUUGGCAGCUGCUGAGACCCUGGCUGAGGUACCUGAACACGUGCUGCGAGGACUUCCGGAGGAAGUGAGGCUGUUCCCAUCAGCUGUUGACAAGACCCGGAUCGGUGUCUGGGCCACUAAACCAAUUUUAAAAGGCAAAAAGUUUGGGCCAUUUGUUGGUGAUAAGAAAAAAAGAUCUCAGGUUAAGAAUAAUGUAUACAUGUGGGAGGUAUAUUACCCGAAUUUGGGAUGGAUGUGCAUCGAUGCCACUGAUCCGGAGAAGGGGAACUGGCUGCGAUAUGUGAACUGGGCUUGCUCAGGAGAGGAGCAAAAUUUGUUUCCACUGGAAAUCAACAGAGCCAUUUACUAUAAAACUUUAAAGAUUUACCUAAGUGAGAGAUACCUGGUUGAAUCUGUGAGGUGGAAUCUUGGUGGAGAUGGAACGCAGGCCAGGAGGUGACUGUGCGUCAGUCAGUCAAGGCCGUGGGAAUGAGGUUCUGAAGGAGCACGAGCCCUAGGAGGUAGACGACCCUGCAGUUACUUCUUUAGGCUUCAAACUAAAGUCUGUUCUCUUCAAGAGCAGACCUGCAGCGACAUUAGACUGCAGGGACGUUGAGAAGCCACACAGGACAGUGGGUGGGAGGGUGAACUCCGAGGCCACACUGCCUGGGCACGGCGAGCCAGGGUGCCCUAGCCCUGUGGCCUUCCCUUGUCCGUUCGUGGUGCCCUAGCUCAUUUCUGGUCAGAUACAGGUCACAGAGCUGUGGUGAUGAGCACCUGAGUGAACAUGGAUAGAGCUGGAGCACCCAGUAACUAAGGGCUGUUAAUGACAGCUGUCGUUUUUGCUGAGGUGAUGUUGUGUGUGCCAGGAGUGGGAAUUCUAGAGCAAACCACUUAGUGAGCAAAUGUUGGCUUCUGGACGUGUGGCAUGUGGUGUUCCUUCAUUCGUCUUAGUUUUCUCACUCGUCAAGAUGGAGGCAGUAGUAUAGGUUGAGUAUUCCUUGUCUGAAAUGUUUGGGAUUAACAGUGUUUUGAAUUUCAGAUAUUUUUGAAUUUUGGAGUAUCUGUAUAUAUCUGCAUAACCUUGGGAUGGGACCCCCGUUUUCAUGCUUCUAAACGUAAAAUUCGUUUGUUUCAUACACAUAUACACAUAAACAGAAGGUGGUUUUAUACAAUAUUUUUAGUGUGCUUGCCUUUUGACUAUGACCUGUCACAUGAGGUGUCAGGUGUGGAAUUUUCCACUUGUGGUAUCAUGAUGGCACCCUAAAAGAUUCCCUUUUGGGAGCAUUUUGGAUUUCAGAGUUUUGGAUUAGGGAUACUCAACCUGCAAUACUAAUUCAUAUACCUGUUGUAAAGAUGAAGCAAUCCAAUACGUAGUAGCUUAGGCCAAAAUAAUUACUCAGAAUGUGAAGUAACUAGUUGUGCUACUAUCAUUUUUACCUAAAUUUGUUGGAAAUAACACAGUUCUGAUCUUUGCA